AUGGGUUUGAGAGUACGUCUUCAGUGCAAGCGGCCAACCCAAGGAGCAAAAAGCAUACAGGGAAAGAAUGCAGGGACGAAAGUUUUUGUCACGGCGACCGUUGAUCACAACGAUCGUGGAGCGCUCAUCUCCAACUAUGCCAGACCAUCUUCGACUAAUGAGCCGUAUACAUUCGGCUACAAGUCCGACGAAAACAACAUUUUACCCAUGACUUUACGAGCUGCCGCGCGCAUUACCAGUAUCAUGCCCCAAUAUUUCUCUGCAGUCACGCGCAAUGGCAUUGACCGGUACACGGACGGAAGUCUGUCGGACCUUUCGAAUCAUUUUCUGGCUGCACUGUGCGAAGCCCAUGCCAUAUGGCCAAUGAUAAUAGACCGCGGGCCGGAUAUUCUUGUCUCAGUCAGAGGUGGCCUACAGGAUAGGAAUACCUGGCACCAAAAGCUGACUCACUGGGGGCCAACGAGCAACAAGCUCCUUAAGGAGAUGAACACAGAUCAAAAGUGGCAGGAGACUAUAAAUACCCUGCAAAUGUCUGAUGUGGUCGCAAGUGUAAGAUUGAACCCAAAAGAGGAAUCAAAUGUACCGAAUCCGUAUGAUCACAAGCAACUUGGAGCAGGUGAGCUUCAAGUCAUUGUCGAAAAAUACUUCGCCGAGCAUUCUACCACGAUCGAUGGUGUCGCUCGGAAAUUAUUUGCCACAACAUUUUAUUUCCAUGCUGGCAAACUGCCAAAAGUCAACGAAGAGCUAGUUCAAGGGUUCAUCAUGUGUCGAUUCAUUCACGGCUCGGAAGAGAUGCGUGGACUUGUCGAGACGCUUCAGGAGAUGCGCAAUCCACGCAUUGAAUAUGACGGCGAAAAUGGCGAGAAUCGAGUCUUAAUGGGAAAAUAUCUCUCUGCGGACACAGCAAGCGGCAGACUGCGCAUUCUAGUCAAACUGAGAUUGUCGAAAGACUAA